CUUUGGGUGACAGAUCUGUGGGCACUGCCCAAGGUGCUGACUGCAACAGGCUCCUCGUACCGGGACUGGGAUUCCCGCAACUAGUAACCAUGUCCGCCUUGGAUUGGUACGCUCACAAGUCCCUGGGUGAUGGCAUUUUCUGGAUACAGGAACGCUAUUAUGAGUCUGGUAACCGAGCCAACAUCUGGCUGGUGCGUGGCUCUCACCAGGACCUAGUAAUAGAUACAGGGCUUGGUUUGCGUAGCCUGCCAGACUACCUGUGCUCAGCUGGUUUGCUCCCGCAGGGCAGUGAAGGGGGGUCGGGGCGCAGGCCGUUGAUGGCUGUAGCUACACAUAUCCACUUUGAUCACGCAGGGGGACUGCACCAGUUCGAGCAGGUUGCAGUUCACCGUGAGGAAGCUGAAGCACUGAUCAGAGGGGAUAACUUUGAGACGGUCACUUGGUUGUCGGACAGCGAAGUGGUUAAACCGCCUACUCCGGGAUGGAGCGCCAGUCAAUUCAAGGUGCAAGCAGUGAAACCCACUCACGUCCUGGAAGAUGGUGACAUAAUCAGUCUUGGAGAUAGACAACUGACAGUGAUGCAUAUGCCGGGUCACUCAAGAGGCAGCAUCUGCUUACAUGACAGAGAGAGGAAGAUUCUCUUCAGUGGAGAUGUGGCAUAUGAUGGCUCAAUGAUCGAUUGGCUUCCUUACAGUAGUAUCGCAGACUAUGUCAGAUCCUGUGAACGACUCAAGGAUCUGGUUAACAAAGGCCUUGUGGAGAAAGUGCUUCCAGGGCAUUUCAAUACUUUUGGGUCCGAAAGGCUUCAUCAUUUAGCCACCAACUAUAUAUCUAAUGCUGGAGUGUGUCACAAAGUUUCAACCUGUGCAGUGAGAUCUGUCGCAGGGUUAGCUCUCCGUGUAACCAAUUCUAGAAGAACAACUUAGUUUUGCCCCAUGCUAAAAACCUGAAAACAAAAAAAAAGGAUUGCUAUGCAAAAAUGUGAAUGAAACUGAACAUCGUAACGGGUUACUAAGAAAAUAAGAACACAAGUAAGCUCCUUGUGUACUUCAUGGAAACACACUUGAUACCUCUUUAUUUUUUUUAAUGAGUUAACUACUUGUGGCAGCAGAAUUGUUCUUGUGCAGUUCCUAUGUCAGUGGGCCAAUGAGGAUUCAGGGAAAAAAACUAAGUCAAAAUUGAAAGACUACAUUAUGUUUUAUAGUAUUACUUAGAGCCUUAGGGGCAGAUUUAGCAAAGGUCGAGCAGACAUGAUUCUUUGUAGCAAAUCAUGUCCGCUGGACCUCGCUAGAUGCCGACAGUGUAACAUUGCACAAGCAAUUCUGUUGAAAUGCUUAUGCAAUGCCCCUCCCUAUACUCACUUUUGUUGCCAACGGUUUGGACAUUAAUGGCUGUGUGUUGAGUUAUUUUGAGGGGACAGCAAAUUUACACUAUUAUACAGGCUGUACACUCACUACUUUACAUUGUAGCAAAGUGUCAUUUCGUCAGUGUUGUCACAUGAAAAGAUUAUAAUAAAAUAUUUACAAAAAUG